GAUCCUCCACAUCAGAAGGUGUUAUUGUGUCAGAGCGGGUCCUGUAAUUAACAUCCACCGGAAUAAACGCCAAUUAAUCCGGGUGAUUGAAUUUGUCCACGCUGUUUCUGUGUUGGAGCUGGACUGAGCAGCGUUCGCAGACCAAAGAUGGAUCAGCUGUCAGACGAGGAGGUGUCGGUGAGGGAGGACGAGGAGGAGGAGGAGGACAGCGAUAAGGAGGACCAGGACCUGGACAAGAUGUUUGGAGCCUGGCUGGGGGAGCUGGACAAACUCACACAAGUACACAGAAGUUAUUUGGCUGCAGGGAACAUUGAUAGUCUGGAUGAUAAACCGGAGCAGCCGCCGCCGCCGCAGAAGAAAGCGCCCCUCAGACAAGAAACCAACAUGGCCAACUUCUCCUACAGAUUCUCCAUCUACAACAUCAACGAGGCGUUGAAUCAGGGGGAGAACGUGGACCUGGACGCUCUCAUGGCUGACCUCUGCUCAAUCGAACAGGAGCUCAGCACCAUCAACUCUAAACCCAACAGUGCUAGCGGCAUGGCUCGCCUCGGGCUGACCGACACCAAGGUCCGUCAGAAGCCUCCAGCAGGGCGCGGCAGCAGGCAGCAGCCAGCAGGGGGCGGUGCUGGCGGUGGAGGCAGCAGCAGUAACAGUGUGAGCGGGGGAGGGGGCAGCAGCGGGGCGAGCAGCAGCAGCAGCAGCACCAGGGCGUCGCCUGCCGGCACCAUCAGAGCUCCAACGGGGCAUCACGGGAGACCGGCGCUGGCCUCCAACUUCAGCCUGGACGACAUCACCGCCCAGCUGGAGAAGGCGUCUCUCAGUAUGGAUGAAGCCGCUCGUCAGACGUCUUCACACUCUCUUAGCUCCGCCUCCACCUAUUCCGCGUCGGCCUCCAUGCGACGACCCGGAGCCUCUCAGCGCCAACACCGGCGUACAGGAUCAGUGGGCACGGUCAGCGACCACGAGGCGCGUUCGAUCGUUCACUCCUCCCGCUCCUCCAUCACAUCGGCCUCAGAGGUUUCCGUAAACUCCGCCUCCUCCAUGGACUCGUUGGACAGCGUUCUGCGCUCCAAUGAAUCGGACGGUCAGCAGGCUUCAGUUUUACCUUCGGCUCAGGGAGCGGCUCAAGGACACAUGGAGCACUCCUAUCUGGACAGGGAAACCUCUCUGAUUCUGAGAAACAUAGCAGGAAAGCCUUCACACCUGCUGACCAAGGAGGAGCAGGCUGCCAAGCUGAAGGCGGACAAUAUCCGGGUGGCCCUGGAGAAGAUCAAGGAGGCUCAGGUUAAAAAGCUGGUGAUUCGCGUUCAUUUGUCGGACGAAAGCUCAAAAACCAUGAUGGUGGACGAGAGGCAGACCGUCAGACAGGUGUUGGACAGUUUGCUGGAGAAAUCUCACUGUGGUUACAGUCCAGACUGGUCGCUGGUGGAAGAAAUCAACGAGCUGCAGAUGGAGCGGAUCUUUGAGGAUCACGAGAACCUGGUGGAGAAUCUGCUGAACUGGACCAGAGACAGCCAGAACCGCCUGAUGUUCACCGAACGCAUCGAGAAAUACACUCUGUUUAAAAACCCUCAGAACUAUUUGUUGGGGCGGAAGGAGACGUGUGAGAUGGCUGAAAGGAACAAAGAAGCUCUGUUAGAAGAGUGUUUCGGCGGCAGCUCCGUGUCCGUCCCUGAGAUGGAGGGUGUUUUGUGGCUCAAGGAGGACGGGAAGAAGUCGUGGAAGAAGCGCUACUUUCUGCUGAGGGCGUCGGGCAUCUACUACGUCCCCAAGGGAAAGGCUAAGGCUUCCAGAGACCUGGUGUGUUUCCUCCAGCUGGAUCACGUGAACGUCUAUCACGGUCAGGACUACAAGAGCAAAUACAAAGCUCCGACAGACUACUGCAUGGUGCUCAAGCACCCUCAGAUCCAGAAGAAGUCUCAGUACAUCAAGUACCUCUGCUGUGACGACAUCAGAACCCUCCAGCAGUGGAUCAACAGCAUCCGCAUUGCCAAGUACGGGAAGCAGCUGUACAUCAACUUCCAGGAAGCCAUGAGGAGGACAGAGGCCGCCUACGAUUGGUCCUCCCUCUCUUCUUCCUCCAUUAAGUCAGGAUCGAGCUCUUCCAGCCUUCCAGAGUCCCAGUCCAACCACUCCAGCCAAUCAGACAGCGGCGUAUCCGAGAUGACAUCAUCAGGCCACACCCGCUCCCAGAGUGUUGUCAGCUCCAUCUUCUCGGAUGCCUGGAGGAGAGGAACACAAGGAGAGAUGAUGAGGAUCGAUCCUAUCAGUAGGCCGAUCCCGCUCCAGAUACCUUCCAUCUCCCCUCAGACUCUUCCUCUCUCUCAGCCUCAGACUCCACCCUCCCGAUCCAGCUACACCGAUGGCCUCGUCCAGUCUGAGGAUUCCUCUCCAUCACCGCCCUCGCCUCCUCCACCUCCGCCUCCUCCUGUCGCAAGCGUGGUCCAUCAGGCAGCUCCUACCUCCUCGUCAUACAUCAAGUACAGCACGCUGGCUCGCCUUCAGAACCAGAACCAAGCCAGGACACAGACGGCAGGAGCUGUCCCACCUGCCCCUCCAAACCAGACCUCCAAACCCAACUACAAUACCCUCCCAGCUACUUACAGCACCCCCGCUUUGCUACCACCUUCUCCUCCACCGCCUCCUCCACCGACGGCACCAGCUCCUGGUUCAGCAAUGGCGGCACUGAAAUAUGGUGCAACAAGCCCUUCUGCUCUCCUACCACCACCACCACUGGAGGAGGACCUGCAGGAGCCCUCCUACCUUCCACCUCCUCCUCCAGAGAGCCUUGACGCCAAUGGAAUGCCUCCACCUCCCCCUCCAGAGCCAAUCCUCAACUCCUGCCCUCAGCUCUGCAACAGUGGCCUCCAGCAGUUCCUGGCACAGAAGUUUCCCAACAUGGUGUAUGACUUCAACCUAGAAAUGGAGGAGGAGAACUGUCCUCCUGUUCAUCCACCUGAACUCUCUCCGCCUACUUCCCUCCAAGCUCAACGGCCUCUGUCCCCAAACGCACCCCCUCCUGCACCUCCCAAAACCUUCACGGGUGGGUUUCCACCUCAAACUGCACGCAAGCCCUCGGGUCCUUCUUCUCUUCCGAUUGCCCUCUCACCUGUGUCACCAACACAACCCCAAAGCAACCACGGACCCUUUAAGAAGCAGCAAAGUUUCUCAACAGGACACUCCCCAAAUCAGCCACCUCCCACCCUGCCAAAGCAGCACAGCCUCUCCUCCAAAAACCUUGCCAUCUCUCCCUCUGCCUCCUCUUCUUCAGUCUCCAUCGCUGCUGCUACCUCCUCUUUGGUCAAACAGAUUGUCAACCAAUUCCCAGGAAACACUACCCCUUCCUCUUUAUCUGCCUCCAGCUCCAUGGAAGGAUCUAAGUUUAGUGCUCCUCAGUCUCCUCCAGCGGUCAAGGCCAAACCUAAAUGGCAGCCAGGAGGCGUUGCGGCCCCGCAGUCCCCAGAGUUCCCCCCGCCUCCUCCAGACAACUCCAUUGGAGAAUUCCCUCCUCCACCUUCUUCAACCUCCAGCAAGACAGGAUCCCCCAUAAAGAAGUCACCUUCCUCCUCAUCCACAGGAUCCACCAAGCGGGGCCCUCCACCAGCUCCACAGAGAGCCUCCUCCAUCAAAGCAGGCGAGAUCCAGGACGAGAGGCCAAAGAAGGUGGAGAGCCUUGUCAGUAAAUUUGCACAGGCUCCUCAAACAGGAACCUCGUCCAGCUCCUCGUCAGUGACGGGUUCUCCAUCCAAGGAAUCCUCCACGCUUCCCGCUCCGCUCCCAAAGCCAGGGAAGCUGAAUUUGGCAAACCUCCCAUUGGCGCUCCAGGGUCUGCAAACCGGCCAACACCACCAAGCCUCUGAGUUCCCAUCACCUCCUCCCCCACCUCCCCCUGCUAACACUCAUCACCUUGACUCCCCUGACUACUUCCCGCCUCCCCCAAGUGACUUUGAGCUUUUCCCACCUCCUCCCCACCCUUCGGAGUUCCAUCACCCGCCAAAGGUUGCCGUGGUGAACCCCCAGCCUCAGAUGCCUCCACCUCAACAGGUUGUUUCCUCCUCUUUGUCUUCAUCUUCAUGGAAACAAGGCUCGCUGAAAAAGGGCACAGUCCCUCCUCCGAUGCUGAACCGUCGGAGCAGCAACACAAACCAAUAUGACAAUACAAUAUCAAUGCCCCUGUCACCACCCCCUUUGUCUCAGACCCCACCUCCUUCUCUGUCCUCUUACUCCACAUCCUCCUCCCCAAUCCCCCCCACCUCCCCAAAAUCAGCGGGGCCAAGCUCUUUGGCACUAAAGCCUCUUUUCCUGGAAGACCUCAACCGUACCCUUAAGAGGAAGUCGGUUUCUCGCCAUGGCUCGCUCACCUCUUCCAGCCUCAUCCCCUCCUCUAAGAUGGAGCCUGUGGGCACCAUGGACGACAUGGCACUCCUCCCGCCUCCUCCCCCUGAGCUCCUGCAGCAGCAUCAGGGUGUCCGAGGACAAUCCAAGACUUUGUCCCGUCACCACACACACUCCCAAUCCGCAAAACAUGCCAACAUCUCAGGCUAUGCAACGCUGCGGCGAGGUCCACCGCCCCAACCUCCAAAACGGGACCAAAGCACCAAACUGACCAGUGACUGGUAGGAGGCCAGGACACGAGGUGGAACCUAAUGAACUAAACUGACUUUUUAGGUCCCGCCGUUCCUGCAGAGAAGAAAUAAUCAAUGUCUGUCUUGACUUGUCCGUCUCUCCUCAUCCUAAACCAUCUAAACUUGGACUCUGAACACGUAGCAAGUCGUCUUUCCUACUCUUAAUCUCAGAUUAUGAUUGUUCCUAUUAGCCUCAUUAUUACUACCAUCCUCAUUAUUAGUAUCAUAAUCCUGCGACAUGAGUAAAUAUAUAUAUGUAAAUAUAUAUAUCUGUAUACAAGCAAGCCAGAAGAUUCACCUAUCAAGCUUUUUUCACGAUGUCUGUGCAGCUUUGCAUUGAAAUAUUCUAAAAGACGAGACUUGAACGACAACAGCAAAGAGACAAUUUGCUGCAGAAGAACUGGUACUGCAUGGCGCCGCGGCAACCGAAGUAGCGUUACUCAUGAAGGGAAGUUGAAGGAAAAAAAAAAAAAAGAAAUGCAAAAAGUGGGACGAUGUGUAUAGACAUGUACGUUGUGGACUGGCGGGGGAGGGAGCAUUGCCAUUUAUUUCAAACCUUUCUUUGUGUGUGUGUUUUUAUAUAAGAUUAUUUAAUACUGGAAAGAUGUUAUUAUAAUUAUUUUAAGUUUUUAAGAAGUGUUAAAAUGCGAAUGAGUUUGACUGGAAGAGCGUCUGUACUCUCAAAAAUAUGUUGAAGUGUUGGAAGAAGAAGUAGCAAACAGCUGAGUUUAUAUUUGGAUCAUUUAAGCCAAUCAUAUUUCUUACAUUUAGAGCACCAUGGCUGAUUGGUUGGUGACUACAAAGGUCUGAGACUCUGGACUAAUGUAAAGCAUGUAGGGCUUUGCUCAGAUUAAAACCGGUUCUUUUAAGAUUUCACAUCAAAUUGGGAACUUUUGGAGCUAAUUGACCUUCUUUCCUAUCCAGACCUUCCCAACUUUUCAUCUGUCCAAUGACCCUUCUAGAUUUCAAAUCGUGACUACCAAUCAGUUUUGCAAUAUCUGGAUGUCGACCAGAACCUCCUGUAAUCUGAGCUCAGCCUUGCCAGUCACCAAUAACAACCAGCUACAUGUUGGUGACCUUACUACCGGUUUCUUUGAGCAGACUCCUCUGUAAAUUCAUCACAUAGCUUUGCAGUUAGCUCGUUUUUUUUCAUAGCUUGUAGACCUUUAAGCUCGACGGUUACCAUGAACUGAAAUGUCUCACAGAAGGUAAUAAAUCAAUCACUUGUUUGUCA